AUGGAAAAUAUUUCUUUUAAUUCAUCAUAUACAGCAAAAUCACCACAAAAAAAUUCAUCUUUUAACAACAUUCAUGACAAAGGUGUUUUAAAAGAUGAAAAUUUAAAUGAAAUAUAUGAUAUAAGUACAAAAUUAAAAUCAUAUUAUGAAUCAUUUAGUCAUGAAAAUAAUGAAAUAUUAAAUUUUAAAUUUAAAAUUAAAAAUGACUUAAAUAUUUUAAAUUGUUACAAUCAAAAAAAUAUCAAUACAAGUAAUAUAGAAGAAAGUGUAAACAAUUUUGAAUCAAAUUUAAAAAAUAGUGUAAAAAUAAAUGUAAAUUUUGAAGAAAUAGGAAUAAAAAAUAACGAUUGUGAGCUUAUUACAAGUCGUUAUGAAUAUAAAAAUAAAAUAAAUGAAAACUCGGAUAUUUUAUUAAAUAAACAUAUAGAUAAAAGUUUAAGUAUUCAAUCAUUCAAUUCAAGAUAUAGUGAACAUAAUAUAAGAAAGAGAAAUGCUAACAUAUGUGAUAUUUUUAAAUAUAAAAAUUAUUAUAAUAAAUAUAACGUUGUAUGUAAUAACAUAAAUGAUACCAGUGAGAUUUUUAAAUCGAGUGAGAUUAAGGUAAAUGAUAUCCAUGUUUAUCACUACAAUAAAAUUGAGGAUGAAGUUAGAACAAAUAUUACUAUUGCAAAUAAUAAUUUUAAUACGAAUUAUACUAAUAAUUAUGAUAGUAAUAAUAGUAAAAAUAACACUAGUACUGCUAAUAAUAUAAAUAAAAUUAAUACAACAAAAAGUAAUAAUAAUAAUGAAGUGAAUGGUUUAAGUAGUACAAAAUGUCAAAAUAAUAACAAUUUUAAAAAUGGUGAAAAAUUCCAUGAAAAGCAAAAUGAAGAUAGAGGAAACAGUAGUAGUAUAAUAAAUUUGUACUAUAAAAUUGAUAGUAAAAAUAGUGAAAGUAUUUCCCACAAUAAUAAUGUUAAUGAAUUUUUUGAAAAUAUAAAAAAAAUAAAUAAUUCAAAUGAAGGAAAGGGAGAAUUUAAAAAUAUUAAUAGCAAUGAAAAUAUAAAAUUAUGUGAAGGAAGCAAAAAGUCUUAUGAGUGUUCAUUAUCUAGUAGUAGUGGAUUAAAUGAAAAUAAGAGUUAUAUGAUGAAACAACAUGAUAAUAGUAAAAAUAAUGAAAAUAAUAAUAUUUAUGAAAUCAAUCAAUUUAUUAAAGAAGAAAAAAUAAUAAAAGAAAAUUAUGAAUUUAUUAAUUUAAAUAGCAAGAAUGAAUUAAAAAAGAAAAAAAAAACAAAAAAAAUACAAAAAUUAAGGAAUAUUAAGAAAGUCAAAUUUCUUAAUAAAGUGAAGGAUAAGUAUAAUUUAAAUGUAUUUUAUUCAGGUGUUAGAAGUUAUAAUUUUAGUUCAAGUGUUAGAAAAAAAAACAUAGAAUUUUACAACAGUUAUAUAAAAAGGAAUGUUUUGUAUAAAUUAAAUAAAAAUAUGGAAUAUUAUAAAAGUAAAUUCUCAAAUUAUAUAAAUACAACGAAAUAUUAUAAAAAUAAUAACAAUAAAUUAAAUAGAACUUCAAAAAAUAAAAAUGAAAAAAAGAAGAAAAUUAAAAAGAAAAGUAAAAUAAAUAUUGAAAAAAAAAAAAAUUUAAGUUCUUCAAAUAAUACAACUAAUGUUAAUCAAAAAUUAAACUUUAACAACAUAUACAACAGAAAUUAUUCCUUGAAAAAAGGAAAUAAUAUGAACGUAAAUAAUUAUGAUUCAUACAAAUUAGAUAAUAAUUAUACUUAUAGUAACAAUUUAGGUAGUAGGGUUACAAGAAAUUUGAGCAAUGAAAAAUUAGGUUAUAACAGUGAUGACAAUUGUAUAUUUAAAAAUAUGAAAAGAAAAGAGAAGAAAAAUGUAAAUUUUUGUGAUAAUAAAUUUUUUUGUAAAUAUUUAAGUGAUGACGAUUUAACUUUUGAAAAUUAUUGUAACUACCUUUUACCAAAGGAAAAUGUAGAAAAGAUGAAUGUUUUAAGUUACUUACAUUACUUUAAAGUAUUAAAUAAGAAAAAAUUAAAGAAAAAAAUUAACAGCAAUAUACAAAAAUUAGAUUUUAAUUAUGAUUAUUUUAUAAGUUCUAUUUGUAAUACGAAUAAUAAAAAAAAAAAUAUUUUAUAUAAUGUGAAAGGUGGAAUAACAAAUGAAGAAGAUAUUUAUGAAGAUUUUUUUAAAAAUGAUAUAUAUAUGAUUGAUGGUUCUAUUAAUGAUGGAUAUUGUAUAACAACAUGCUAUGAUAACAUUUUAAAAAAUAAGCAAAUUAAAACAAAAUAUUUUGAUUGUUAUAAGAAAGUUUUUUUAAUUUUUAGGAAGAGAUUUCUACAAGAAAACGGUUGUAAUAUUGUAAAAGAGCAAAACAUUUAUGAUUUUAAUAAUGAAAAAAAUUUUGAAUGCAAUAAUGAUAAUAAUAAUAGUAAUAAUAUUAAUAAUAAUAAUAAUAGUAAUUAUAAUAAUAAUAGUAAUUAUAAUAUUAAUAGUAACAAUAAUAAUAAUUAUAACAAUAAUAAUAAUAAUAAUAUUAAUAAUAACAAUAACAAUAAUAAUAGUGAUAAUAAUAAUGAUAAUGAUAAUAAUAAUAAUAAUAAUAAUAAUGAUAAUAAUAAUGAUAAUAAUAAUGAUAAUAAUAAUGAUAAUAAUAAUAAUAAUAAUAAUAUUAAUAAUAAUAAUUUUAAUUCAGUAAAUGAAGAAGUAAGUAGUUUAGAGAAGCAUUCAUUGACAAUAUUCAAUAAUGAAAAAAAUGAAUACGACAAGAAAAAUUAUGAUUAUAAUAUAAUAGAUGAAAAGGUAGAAUAUAAAGAAAAAAUUAAAGGGUGUGACUACGAAAAAAAAUGUGAUAUAAAUAAUUUAAAUGAUAAAUUUCAAUAUAAUAAAGUAUAUAAUGAAAAUAAAGACAGUUUUAAGGAGACAGAAGGCAACUUUAAUGAACAAAAUAUUCUUGAAGAUAAUAAUGAACACUUUGAAAAAAUAGAAGAGAAUGAUGAAUUAAAUAAUUUUAAUGUUAACAAAGAUGAAAUUACUGAAUGUAAUUAUGAUGAAGAAAUAAAUAAUUAUUAUGUUAAAGAUGAGAUAAAGGAAUGGAAUGGAAAUGACACUGAUGAAAUAAAUGAAUUAGAGGUUAAAGAAUUAGAAAGUUUUGCUGACGAUAAUAAUGAAUUGAAUGAGGAAGAUAUUAAAGAUGAAUUAUCAACUGAAAAUAAUGAAACUACUCUAAGGUUACCUUCAAAUGAUGUUGAUGCCGUGAAAAGUAUGAGUGAAAAUAUCAUAAACAAUUCUAAUUUUACGAGUUCAUCCAAUGAAAAUAGUACUAACAUGGAAUCAAAAAUAAAAAUAAAAAAUAAGAAUAUACAAAAGACUGAGAUAAAGGAUAAAGGAAGAAGACGAAAAAAAAAUUUUUUAAAUAAAAAAAAUGAUGAAAUUGUAAAGGUAUAUGGAGAUAUAAUUAAAGAAAAUACAACUAGUUUCUUGUAUAAGAAUUUUGUUAUUCCUAAAAAGUCACAUAAUUAUACUUAUUUAAAUUAUAAAGAAAUAAAAGAAUAUUUAAAGAAUUUAACUGUUUUAAAAAGUGGAGCAAAUUGGAAAACAUAUAAAAUAGAAGAUCUACCAAGUGAACUUUAUAAAAAUAUUCGACCAAUAAAUCAAAGAGUAACUGGUUUUAAAACGGUUUUGUUGGUUGAUGAAUUAUUUGAAAAAUUGUGGGAAUUUCCAUUAACUGAUAUGAUAAAAAUUAGAACUGUUACGAGAGGAGAUCAAUUUAUAGGAGAUAUAAGAAUUGAUUUUUAUUACAGACAAAGUGAAAGAACAUUAUGUCGUGCAUGUGGAAGACAUAUUUUAAAACAAAAAUUUGCAACAGAGCAUUACCAAAGAAAUAUAAAUUGUUGGAAAGAAGUAAUGUGGAGAUUAGGAAUUCCAGAAUUACAUUACUAUAACUCAGUUAGAAAUGAUUUUUUCGAUCCACGAAUUACAAAUAUAGAUAAUAAUAACGAACAAGUAUUAUUAGAUAGAGCAUUGAUAUUAUAUAAUCAGGAAUUAAUUAAAAAAGCUACUGAUUUUGUUAAUGAAGAGUUAAAAUAUUAUGAAGAAAACUGUAUGAACAAAGAACCCAAAAAAACGAAAGGAAACAACUGCUUGGAAUUAGAUAUAUUAGUUCUUGAUGAUAAUAAUAUUUUACUUCCUACAAUGAAAAAUGAACUAGAUGAACCAUAUUUUGAAAUAUCUGCUAUAUAUCCAAGCAAUGGUUUUGCUGACGAAAAUUAUUCUAAAAAUUUUUGUUUCAUAAAAAUAACAUUUAACAAGUUGGGUGGAAUGGUUUUAAGAGAUCUGUUUACACUAGAAUGUGAAUUUUUAGUAGAUUGGGGAGAUAAUUUGUUAAUUCAAGCGAAGAAAUAUACGUUGCAUGAGAUUUAUAAUAAUUCAGAUUCAUACGAUGUAAACUUACGAAAUUUAUAUGAUCAAGGGUUUGCAUAUUUGCGAUGCAAUGUACCUCAGAAAAGCUAUGGAAAAGUUAACCUAAAAGUUAGAAUUCCUAAAACAGUUUGGCAUUAUUGGGAAGCAAUAGCUGAUGAGGCAUCGCAAGUUAGUUAUGAAUUUCUGGAUAAAAAUAACAUGCAUAGACAUUUAUUAUUUUGCUCAUACUUAGAUAACAUUAAUAAAAAUUUUGCAACAUAUAUUAAGAAUUCUUAUAAAAAUAAUUAUAGUUUUGAUUCUAUUAAUAACGCAUCUAAUUAUACAAAAGUAGAAGACGAUUAUUCGCAAAGGAACGUUCUUCUUGAUAAAAAAGCGAAACCUAAUGUAUCAGAGUCAAUAAAUAAUAAAAUUAUACCUUAUAAUUUUAAUUCACCAAAAGCAGAAAUGAACGAUUUAAACAAUUUGAAUACAAGACUAUUAUAUAAUCAAAAUAAUACAUAUAAUAACAUGGAUUAUCCUCUUAUUAAUAAUAUUCCAUUUCAAAAUUAUCAGAAUUUUAAUAUGAAUAAUGUACAGAAUGAUUCCGAUACGAACUAUUCAAAAAACUUUGAUCAUUAUAAUACACAUCCAGAGUCAAAUUUUUAA